AUGGAUGUGGAGAAGAGAAAAAGGGAGGAUGACGGAGGAGCUAACAUCGGAAAGAAAGCCAAAGCGUGCCAAGAUGAGGACGGCGUGAAGGUGGUGGUGGCGCCGGAGGAUGAGGAGGUGGAGGAGUUCUUCGCCAUACUGAAGCGAAUACAUGUGGCUGUCAAGUAUUUCCGGGAGCGUAAAGGCGGCGACCCUUGCACCGACCGUGACUUGACGGCGACGCCCUGGAGCCCGUCGUUUGAACGGGAAGAUUUUGAAGGGGUUAAGAACGACGUGGAAAGCUCGGAGCAAAACCGGAAUGCGGGUUUGGAUCUUAAUUCUGAUCCGGGUUCUGGUGUUUCGGAUUCUUCUUGUUAG